CGAGUCGUCGCGCCGCUAUGCUCCUCCGGCCGUCAGCGACCCAGUCGCCUUGUUCGGGCUGAGUGUUCCAGAGUAAGAAAGGCUUCGGAGGGUCCCCACCAAGAUGAAGCUCAACAUCGAUGGCUUGUUGGUGUAUUUCCCGUAUGACUAUAUCUACCCCGAGCAGUACUCCUACAUGUUGGAGCUGAAGAGGACAUUGGACGCUAAGGGUCAUGGAGUUCUGGAGAUGCCAUCAGGGACAGGGAAGACCAUCUCUCUGCUGUCUCUUAUCGUUGCUUACCAAAAGGCCUAUCCUCUGGAAGUGACAAAGCUAAUCUACUGUUCUAGAACAGUUCCUGAGAUCGAGAAGGUGGUAGAGGAGCUGAGGAAGCUGAUGAAGUUUUAUUCCAAAGAAACUGGAGAGAGCAACAACUUGCUGGCUCUGGCCCUGUCCUCCAGGAAGAACCUCUGUAUCCACCCCGAGGUGAGUAUUCUGCGCCUGGGGAAAGAGGUGGAUGGAAAAUGUCACAGCCUGACGGCUUCUUACAUCCGCGCACAACACCACAGCAACCCCAGCACUCCCGUCUGCCGCUUCUAUGAGGAGUUUGAUGCUUCAGGGCGCCAGGUGCCCCUGCCCGCCGGCAUCUAUAACCUGGAUGACCUGAAGGACUACGGCAGGAGGAAAGGCUGGUGUCCUUACUACCUGGCACGUCACUCCAUCCUGCACGCCAACAUCGUGGUGUACAGCUACCACUACCUCCUGGACCCCAAGAUCGCCGACCUGGUGUCCAAAGAGCUGGCCAAGAAAUCUGUGGUGGUGUUCGACGAGGCCCACAACAUCGACAACGUCUGUAUCGACUCCAUGAGUGUGAAUGUCACAAGACGGACGCUGGACCGCUGCCAGAACAACAUAGACACACUCCAAAACACCAUACAAAAGAUCAAAGAAACGGAUGCUGCCAAGCUCAAGCAGGAGUACAGGCAGCUGGUGGAGGGACUGAAGGAGGCCAAUAUCGCCAGAGAAACUGACAUUUACAUGGCAAAUCCAGUACUGCCAGACGAAAUUCUCCAAGAGGCGGUGCCUGGCAGCAUCCGCACGGCCGAACACUUCGUGGGCUUCCUAAAGCGUUUCCUGGAGUACCUGAAGGCUCGUCUGAGGGUUCACCAUGUGGUCCAGGAGAGCGCCCCCCAGUUCCUCAAAGACAUCUUUGACAAGGUCUGCAUCGACCGCAAACCCCUCAGGUUCUGUGCGGAGAGGCUGCGUUCGUUGCUGCGGACGCUGGAGAUCGCCGACAUCGCCGACUUCUCGGCCGUCACCCUCAUCUCCAACUUCGCUACUCUGGUCAGCACCUACAGCCAAGGCUUCACCAUCCUCAUUGAGCCCUUCGAGGACCGAACGCCAACCAUCGCCAAUCCGGUGCUGCACUUCAGCUGUAUGGACCCCUCCAUCGCCAUCAAGCCCGUCUUUGAACGAUUCCAGUCGGUCGUCAUCACCUCUGGGACCCUCUCGCCCCUCGACAUCUACCCCAGGAUACUCGACUUCCGCCCGGUAACCAUGGCUUCCUUCACCAUGACUUUGGCGCGGACUUGCCUCUGUCCCUUGAUCGUGGGCAGAGGAAAUGACCAGGUGGCCCUGAGCUCUAAGUUUGAGACCAGAGAAGACUUCGCGGUGAUCCGUAACUACGGCAACCUCCUCCUGGAGAUGUCGGCCAUCGUCCCCGACGGGAUUGUGGCGUUUUUCACCAGCUACGUCUACAUGGAGAACAUAGUGGCCUCCUGGUAUGAACAGGGCAUUUUGGAGAACAUCCAGAGGAACAAGCUGAUCUUCAUUGAGACUCCAGAUGCUGCGGAGACCAGCAUGGCCUUGGAAAAGUACCAGGAGGCCUGUGAGAAUGGCAGAGGGGCCAUCCUUCUGUCUGUGGCCAGGGGCAAGGUGUCUGAGGGAAUAGACUUCGUGCACCACUUUGGCCGGGCGGUCAUCAUGUUUGGAGUGCCGUACGUUUACACGCAGAGCCGCAUCCUGAAGGCUCGUCUGGAGUACCUUCGGGACCAGUUCCAGAUCCGGGAGAAUGACUUUCUGACGUUUGACGCCAUGCGCCACGCGGCCCAGUGUGUCGGCAGAGCCAUCAGAGGCAAGACCGACUACGGACUCAUGAUUUUUGCUGACAAGCGCUACGCCCGAGCUGACAAGCGUGGGAAGCUGCCGCGGUGGAUCCAGGAGCACAUCAGCGACGGCAGCCUGAACCUGACCGUCGACGAAACCGUCCAGCUGGCCAAGCACUUCCUGCGGCAGAUGGCGCAGCCCUUCCGACAGGAGGACCAGCUGGGUCUGUCCCUAUUGACUCUGGAGCAGUUGGAGUCGGAGGAGAUGCGGCAGAAGAUCACUCAGAUUUCCCACCAGGCCUGAGGGUCAUCACCACGGCAACGCCGGGCUCGCUGAUGUCAUCACUGCCCAGGAACUCACUUGUCAAUGAGUUGUGGGUCAAGUAGUUUUUGCACACAGUUUCUUUUCUAUAUACCCAGCUCACGUGGAAGGUGGGGUCUGCUUUAAUGAGACGAGUCACAUAGUUUCACAGAAGGAGAAGUUUAUAAAAAUAGCUUUUUAAGUAUUUGCGUUAUCAUCUCAACUUUCUAGCACUCAUUGUACGGCUCUAUGUGGUCGACUCCACCCAUCUAGCAGCGAAGUAGUACAGAACAAACCGCAAGUAUUUUUAAAGGCUGUUGGUUACUGAGGUAGCUGCUGCGACUAAGCCAGAGUUCCCAGUUUGUCAGGGCUAAACUUUUGAUAUACCGAUCGUCAUAACGCUUAGCUCCACCUGGACUUUCCCGACCCCGAUAUUCAUCGUUCUCUCUUCCUCCUUUUUAUAUGAAAUGAAACCACAGAUUUGAGAACUAGGACUCGCGCACUGAACUGGAUGCUCCACAUUUCUGAUUCAGCACGGUUGACGUUCCGACUAACAAGUCCUCGUCAUUUCUUAAAUCUCUGGGUCCUUUUUCCUGACUCCGACCUUAAGCAAUAGUUCUGGAUGUGUGUGCGCUCGCGCACAUGCGCCUUUUGGACUCUGUUAGAUGAAACGAAACCAUCACUUAAAAUCCCACCGCCGUCUUCUCUGCCAUUUGAGGUUUGCCUUGCUAACUCGCAAACUUGCACGCAUCAUCCAGCACGGCUUUCUGGGGUGUUUGGGGUACGACCGGUAGAAUUUAGCGUACGUAGGAUUCAGGGAGAAGCUUUUUUUUUUCCAGUUAUGUUUCAGCUUUUAUAAUUCAUGUUAUUCCUGCAUUACACGUUAUUACACAGGUUGACGUAAUAUUUUGCAGUCUCGGUGCAGACGUUCAGUGUUACAGAUCACCCGGUAUGGGUUAGGGGGCGGGUAUAGCGGAACUACGGGAAACCAGAAAUGCCGUUCGUCCUUUAGAGAUAGCUGUAGAUUUUACUCGGUGUCGUACUCUCAAAACGGACGAACCAUUGUCAACACGUGGGUGUGCCGGGUUUGGGUCGAUGUUGCAGUUACACACAGUACAGCUGACAUUACACUGACACGCUGGGUGAUUUAUCUGUUAUUAUUGACACCUGUAGGUUUCAAACGAUCCUUCCCAGACUCGAUAAGCACGUUUGAAAAGGACACGUCCCUUGUAAGCGGGUGCCAGUCGGAGAUUCUGUUGCAUGAACAGCAAACAUAUUGAUGGGUGGGACCGUGCGCCAUGUCUUCCGCCGGUCAACAGACCGUCUGUCAUACAGACAAAUCUGCUAUCGGCUGCUUCCAUCACUGCUGCAACUGUAAAUAGACACUUUUUUUGUACGUUCAAUGAUGCAAGGUAGUUUUUGUGCACUUGUUCAACCACCACUUUGGAAUAUAAAUACUUGU